AUGUCUUUGUCUAUGUGCCACAUUGGGUGUUUUCCUCCCCCGACUUACCGGAACAUCGUAGGCCCCAUGUAUAACAGGGCCAGCCUCUUCCUCCAUCUUAUGCUCCCCACCGAUGAGAGGUGCCUGUGUCUGCUGGGCGUGGUGAUCCCCUGGGGCUUCGACCUCUGGCUCUCAUCCGGGUUCUCCUUGGGAAUGACUGGCCUCAUGAGACCAUGUGCUUGUUACCGCAGCUCCAUGGUACCUAGGGGCAGCAUGGCCCUGGGGUUAGGCCCCUCAUGGACUGGUCUCCUUAGGGGUCAUGCUCUGGGUGCUCUCAUCUGCCCUUCCCUGUCAGCUAUCGUGUCCAUGCUAGACUGGUAUGAUCUGGAUGAGGAACUGAUUUUAGUUAUGGAGAGACCCAUGCCUGCUGAGGACCUCUUUUACUACAUUCAAAAACACAAGGGUCACAUAACGAUGAAGAAUGCCAAGAUCAUGAUAAAACAGCUGCUAAAAGCAUUAAUUCACCUUCAGGAGGCAAACAUCUUCCACAGAGACAUUAAACCUGAGAACAUCCUGAUAGAGACCAAGUCAAAAGUCCCAAAACUUUAUCUUAUAGACUUUGGUCUAAGUUGCUUUGAUGACCAAAAACAAUAUGAUUAUUUCUACGGUACUCCGAUCCAUAUCCCACCAGAAUUCAAAAAACAAGGGUUCCUCAGUUCUGGACCAACAAAUGUGUGGCAGGUGGGCGUAGUCCUGUACUCCAUUCUGCACAAAAAACAGUUCUUUACUAAAAGAUUCCUGUCAAAUAAGCUAAAGAUCAACAAAAGGCUAUCCAAGAAAUGCACAGAUUUUCUAACAAAGUGCCUGACAGUAGACCCAAAAGAACGCCCCACCCUAGAAGAGCUGUUACACCACCGGUGGUUGUACACAAUAUAGAU